AGGUUAUAAACUCGUAUCACGGAUGCUGAUAUAUGAUAGUGAUAUGAACAUUUUAAAUCAUGACUUCGACGGAGAUGAAAGAUGCAUUAGCUUCCACAGCUUCAAUUUGUACAGUUUUACAAUUUUUAGCUGGCGUGCUAGUGUGCAGAAAAAUCAUUAAAAAUGGUACAACAGGAAAUAGUUCAGCAUUGGCAUUUGUAACAUGUUAUACAUCAUGUGUUUUAUGGAUGAGAUAUGGUAUGCUUAUCUCAGAUCGUUUUGUAUUGUUGGUAAAUGUUUUUGGCACAAUACUCCAAGCAUCAUAUGUUUGCGUGUUCAUUUUAUAUAGCGUUAAAAAAUUUAAAAUUGUUAAACAAAUGAUUGCAGCAACUUGUUUUCUUGGAGUUGUAUACUUUUACAGCUUUUAUGAAGAAGAUAAAGUAUUAGCUGCAAGAUAUGUUGGUUUUCUUAGCUGCACAGUAACAGUAUUAUUUUUUGCAUCUCCUUUAAUGAUGGUGGCACAUGUGAUCAGAGUAAAGAAUACCGAAAGUUUACCAUUUCCCAUUAUAAUGGCUUCUCUAAUAGUUUCUGCUCAGUGGUUUGCAUAUGGUUGCCUUAUUAAUGACAGUUUCCUACAAAUACCAAACUUCUUAGGAUGUGUUCUAUCUGCAUUUCAACUUUGUUUCUUUUUAGUUUAUCGAAGUGGAGAAACCAUUGAGGCUCAUUUAAUAUAACUUGCACCAUUGAAAUUAUUUACUUUAAAUAAAUGUAAUUCAAUACAUUUCUUAUGUAUUGAUGUAUAUAAUUUAAAAUAUAUGAUUUGUAUUUUUGAA